AUGGAAUUAUCACAGAUUUUUUUGCUUAUUUUGUCGCUGGUUCUUUUUGUAUAUCUGUGUAUUUGUAAGCUCAGUCUGAGAGAUAAAUCUCUUGUUGCAAUCAGCAAAUUUGCUUUUAAAAACCCCAGGCUUCCACCAGGCAGAACAGGCUGGCCUCUUGUAGGUGAAACUUUGGAGUAUUUCUCCAAAAUUCAACAGGGUGUCCUUGAAAAGUUUGUAACAGAGCGGAGGAACAAGUACUCCUCCAAGAUUUUCAGGACAUCAUUGAUAGGUUACCCCAUGGCUAUCUUAUGUGAUGCUGAGGGAAACAAAUUUCUGUUCUCUAAUGAGAAUAAAUUUGUCAAGCAUUGGUGGCCAAGCACAAUUGACAAGCUCUUUCCCAAGUCAAAUAAUAAGCCUAACACUGAGCACACAAAAGCGUUGCAUAAACUCCUGACUUUCAUUCUCAAGAAAGAUGUUUUACGAGCAUAUGUUGGUGUCAUGGAUGCAAUAAUGAAGCAGCAUUUGCAGAUCUAUGCCGAGUGCAAACUAGUGAAGAUUGGUGAUAUGGCGAAAACGUACAUAUUCAAAUUGGCAUGCAUUACAUUCUUAGGCAUCGACAAUCAGGGAAAGAUUGAUGAGCUUGAAAAGGGUAUAGAAGAGAUAGCAACUGGUCUUCAUUCAAUGCCCUUAAAUUUUCCAGGAACAGCUUUGAAUCGUGCCAUCAAAACAUCGAAGCUGAUGCGGGAAGAGUUUGAGUCAAUGAUUAGGCAAAGAAAGAUUGAUCUUUCGGUGCAUAGUUCAUCUUCAGCAAAGGACUUCGUGUCACACAUGCUUUUAGCAACAGAUGAUGGUGGCCAGUUUUACAGCGAAGCCGACAUAGCUUGCAUUUUAGUAGGUUUAUUGCAAGGUUCCUACACAACCGUUCACAACACAAUUACUAACAUCAUGAUGUAUCUUACAGAGUUUCCUGAUGUUUAUAACUCGGUCCUACGAGAGCAAAAAGAAAUUGCAGAUCUAAAGGAGCCAAAUAACAUAUUAUGUUGGGAUGAUUUGAAGAAGAUGAAGUAUUCAUGGCAAGUUGCAUGCGAAGUUUUGAGACUAAAACCACCAGUACAUGGGGCAUUCAAAGAAGCUAUCACUGACUUCAACUAUGCAGGAUAUACAAUUCCAAAAGGAUGGAAGAUUCAUUGGAUCGCACACGCCACACACAAAAACCCUGAAUACUUUCCUGACCCUGAUAAGUUUGAUCCAUCAAGAUUUCAAGGUGAUGGUCCAGCUUCUUACACUUUUGUCCCAUUUGGGGGUGGAGCACAUAUGUGCCCUGGAACCGAGUAUGCAAGACUUGCAAUACUCAUUUUUCUGCAUAAUGUGGUGAACAAGUAUAGAUGGGAAAAACAAAUUCCUGAUGAGAAAGUACUACAUUAUCCAUACACAAGACCGGCUCAUGGACUUCCAGUUCACCUUUAUCCUCACAAGCCUUAA